GCGACAAAGAGUCAUGUCAUAUUCCUUGGAACCGGUGAACAUAUGGAUGAGUUUGAAGUUUUUGAAGUCCGGCCAUUUGUCCGUUGUUUAUUAGGCAUGGGUGACUUGUCCGGGUUGAUGGACAGAAUUCAUAAAGCUGUUCCUGUGGAUCAACAGGCUGAAUUGCAUCAAAAGAGAAGGAAACUUCACCUUGAGGAUUAUGUAUGACCAAUUUCAUAGCCUACUCAAAAUGGGUCCUAUCAACGAGGUGUUUUCCAUGCUUCCAGCGUUUAGUGCUGAACUAAUGCCAAAAGGCCGUGAGAAAGAAAGCCAGAUGAAAGUUAAGCGUUACAUGACAAUGAUGGAUUCAAUGACAAACGAAGAGCUGGAUAGUUCAAGCCCAAAGCUCAUGAAUGAAUCACGCAUGAUGCGAAUAGCUCGAGGUUCCGGUUAUCAAGUUAGGGAAGUGUUGGAGAUGGUGGAAGAGUACAAACGUCUUGCAAAUAUAUGGAAAAGGUUUAAAAUGCCAAAGGGUAACAUGAGUGCCCUCUCUCCACAAAUAUUGAAGCAAUUUGGUGGCAUUGGCGGGUUACAAACUAUAAUGAAGAAUGUACGUAGGAUUUGCUAAAGACAAGAUGGGAAUGUUUGGUGCUGGUGAUUAGUUGAUGGAGCACGACAGACAUAAUUGUUCUAAUAUUUAAUCUCUUCUUGAGAAAUAUUUCUUCAUUGUUCUAAUUAAUCUCUUCUUGAGAAAUAUUUUUUCAGAAUAUUGAUACCAUGACGACAAUUACAUUGAUUUCAGAAAUACACUGUUUAAGCAGAUUUAUUUGUCUGCAAAAGUCUUAAUUAGAUGGUAAUCCUUUUAGGCAAAGUUAAUUUAA